GUCCUCAGCUUGCGAUACGUUAAUAUCACAGUUUGUGCGCUGCAGCAGAUUUUCCGUGAAGAUUCCCCACGGAGGUUUGCUCUGCUUGCAGCUCCUGCGUGCAACUUCGCUGUAAAAAGUAGAUGAACCAAACCUAUGGAGGGAAGAACAUGAAGCGUGUGGGGACCAUCCUGCAACGGGGGGUCCUCAUUCUCCUGCUUUGCUGCUUCCCCUGCUGGGCCAUUUUCAUCAACACGGAGCAGUUCCUCUUGCUCAUCCAACAGGACCCAGAAGUCUCCAGGCUCACUCAGGUUUACGUUAUGAUCUUCAUUCCAGCACUCCCUGCAACUUUUAUCUACCAGUUAGAGACGAGGUACUUGCAAAACCAGCGGAUCAUCUGGCCUGAGGUGUUGUGUGGCACCGUGGGCAACAUUGUCAACGGGAUUGCGAACUAUGUCUUCCUGUAUGAGCUGGAGAUGGGGGUCAGGGGCUCCGCCUGGGCUAACACCAUCGCCCAGUAUUCGCAGGCUAUCAUCCUCUUCCUCUACAUCCGAUGGAAAAAGCUCCACGUGGAGACUUGGGGAGGCUGGUCCAUCGAAUGCCUCCAGGAAUGGGACGUGUUCAUGGCCUUAGCCAUCCCCAGCAUGCUCAUGACCUGCAUUGAGUGGUGGACGUUUGAAAUCGGAAGCUUUCUGAUAGGCCUCCUCAGCGUUGUAGACCUGUCAGCUCAAUCUAUCAUUUAUGAAGUAGCUACUGUGGUAUUCAUGAUUCCAUAUGGAAUUGGCACAGCGGCCAGUGUCUUGGUGGGGAAUGCCCUAGGGGCUGGCAACGAGGAGGAGGCCAAGAGGACAGCUGUGGUCACCAUUUUGUGCACAGUGGGUUUUGCCCUCAUGAUGGAUGUCGUCCUGAUAGCUGCAAAAGAUGUCCUGGCUUACAUAUUUACCAGUGAUGAAGAAAUCAUCGCCCUCGUGGCCUGGGUGAUGCCGGUCUACAUCGUCUUCCACUUGUUUGAAGCCCUUUGCAGUUCCGGCAGUGGAAUUUUACGUGGGACUGGGAAGCAGAAACUGGGUGCCAUUUUCAACGCCCUCGGCUAUUACGUGGUGGGCUUGCCGAUCGUGGUGGUGCUGCUGUUCGUGGUCAAAAUUGGACUCAUCGGGCUUUGGCUCGGCAUGCUGAUCUGUGCCCUCAUCCCGUCCACUUGCUGCAUCAUCUACUUUGCCCGGAUGAACUGGAAGCAGGCAGCGGAGGAGGCCCAGCACCGUGCAGGAUUAACUCCAAAGCAACUGGAAGAUUCGAACUCUGCUCCCCUUCCCGCUAAGGCGGCUCCCUUCUCAGCAAAAGCAGAUGUUGAGAACGGAGUCGUUCUGCUGAGCGUCACCAAGACGGACGGGUCGAACCACCAAAUUCGGAAUCAGGAGACGCCCGGCUACUCCACCGUCGGUUCCAUUCUGACCACCAAGCAGCUGAUUGUGCACCGGGGUCUGGCCGUUGCCGCUGCCUUAGCCGUUUUGCUUGCGGGAAUCAUGGCACGAUUCUUCACGAUCACCGAUUAAACAUCUCAAUUUAUGGUGCAGGGAACAGUCCCCAUCGACAAAAGAAGCGGGACGGAGUGGCUUGCAGGCAGCGCGCUGUUCUUUAAGUCAUCCAAUCCAAGGCUGAGAUGCUGACAGAACUUGAAUCCUGUUCCUGCAAAACCUCAAACUAGUGCUCCUCCUGAUCACAGGACCACAUGAGUUGUCUGGGAACAGCAGUGGCGUAGGAGGUUAAGAGCUUGUGUAUCUAAUCUGGAGGAACCGGGUUUGAUUCCCCGC